AACUUCAGGUAUUUUAUGAAAAAGUUACGAUGACCAUGCAAAGUGAGGAUGAUAGUAUGAUGAGAGUAUAUGUGCUGAAAAGUCUGGAACACGAUACCGGAUUGGCACAAUUACUUCCGGUUCGAAUUUGUACCAUUUCUGGUCAUGUUCAUUCCGAGAGAUUAGGCGUGAUCAUGAAUUCAAUGUUGAAGAUGACUGAUUCGUUGAUUAACAACACCAGUCUCUAUUUGGAGCCUCAUCUGCAUCAUUUGAUGCCGGCUAUAUUAACAUGUGUGGUAAGAAGGAAGAUUGGGGUAGAUCCUGACAAUAAUCAUUGGGAAAUACGUGAAUUAGCCGCGCAUAUACUAGCAAAAAUCUGUGAUAGAUAUGGCGCGAGUUAUACCACUUUACAACCGAGAAUCACACGAGUUUUGUUAUCCGCUUUCACCGAUUCUUCAAAAUCCUUAAGUACUCAUUACGGCUGUAUAGUGGCCAUGGGCGCUUUAGGGCGUGAGGUGAUAAGGUCCAUCUUGGUGCCGAAUCUUAAAACAUAUGCGGAAAUACUUUCGUUAAAUAACGUUUCUGAUGUCAAAGCCAUGCGUUGUUAUAAUGCAAUAGUGGACAUACUACCGAAAUUGAAAGAAACGAUUGAUCCCACCACGGUCAACGUCCAAGUACAUGAUGAAGACUUGAGGAAAAGACUGGUAGAUAAGAUAGGAGAGUACUUUGCUGAUGGGGUUAUGAAUAAAAUUGGAGACGAGCAAGUCAUUAUGGCGAUAAUUAACUUCAUGAAAACUAUUUCCUCGAUUACUUUAUUGGUAGUGUUCUUAUUUGUAAGUAUCCUGAAUAAGGUGGAAGCUACCACUCCCACCACGCUACUUUGUUUGGUUAAUAAAGAACGUAUAAGGGCUAGGGUGAAACCUUUGGCACUAGAUGUUCGCCUGAUUAAAUCUGCCCAACUUCAUACGAAUUAUAUGGCGAGGGCCGGAAAUCUUACGCAUGAUGAUGAGGAUGGUUCGUUAGGCAAAAGAAUCGAUAACGUGGGAUUUGAUUGGCGUGCAGCAGGAGAAAAUAUCGCGUAUGGAUUUUACUCCGAAGAUGAAGUUGGCGUUAUGAAAGCGUGGGUGUCGUUUGUUCCGGUUGCAUUAUAA